AUGGACACCCCGCCGUCGCCUAGGGCCGAUGUGGCGAAGGAGGGAGGCUGGCCGCAUUCGCCUCCUCCGGUCUGCGGCGGGGCUUCAACCGUGGAAGUCACCCCCAAGGACGAACUGGAAAAGCGGGAGGGGGGCAGUCCAGGUCCCAGGGCCGCCUUUGCCUCCUCGUCGUCUUCCUCUUCUGUGUCGUCCUCGAUGUCUUCCCCCUCUUUUGGCUCGCCCCAGUGGACUUACUCGUGUGCCUUUUCGUCUCCAACGUCGUUCGUGCCGUCAUCCUCGACAGCCGCAAGUCUGAAUUUCUCGCCGCUCCCUCCGCAGAGGACGUCUGGGCUGGUUGCGCCGGCACUGAGCCACACCCGAAAUCCGGAUGCGUGUUGUUCCGCAUGCGGCCGCCCUCUCGACUCCAAAUGCGCAGGGCUCCGCAGGGGUCCGUGCGGCGUAGCAGGGCUCCCGGGCGCGUCUCCUGGGGGGGCGGGGGAGGCCUCCACUCCGCCAGCAGGCGUGUCCUCUUGCCCCAGCGGCGGAGGGUUGUGGUCGCUGGAAGAAAGCGAAGGCGAAAACACGAUGACGGAGUGGGGUCUGGACACCGAGCCGGAGGGUGAUCCGCACGCCGUAGGAGGCGAGGCAGGUCAGUCGAGUAGUUCGGUCUUUCCGGACUCACACGGUCCCGCUGACGGCGCCGACCAGGCCUUUUGCGAGCCUAUCGGCUGUCGCCGGAGAGACGAUGGACAGACAGAUGCGGCGCGCGAAGACGGGGAUGAAGUCCACGGCGGAGAGGAUGAUCCUCUCCGCGCUGGGACCGAGCGCCGGUUUAGCGACCGCGCUGGCGGCGCGGAGUUGGGGGGGGGGUCGCUGGCGGAGACGUCAGCCUGCCUGCGACCACGCCGACGCAGCAAUCAAGGAGUCAGUCACGGAACUUCCUCACGGGCUCCCGGGCCGCGCUGGCGCAGCCGAACUCGGCACUCGGCUUCAUCAGCGUGUCCGUCCUCUUCACUGGGGGAGUUCCUUCUCAAACCCUUCAGGUGCUUUGGUUUCUUGGCUGUCUCGGAGUCGCGCAGUCGGUUGGGAAGCGCCGCAGGGCUGGCUGGUCUCGGCGUCGCGGGCGUCGCAGGCAAGGGGGCCGGAGGGGCUGGAGCGUCUUCGUCGGGCGCGGGCAGCGGCCGAGGGUCUGCGAGCAGUGGGCACGCGGCGCCCUCUCUCGCGCAGGCGUCGUCGUCUGAAGUCCAGUUGGAAGCCGACAAGCCUCUGGAGAAGAAGCUCGAGACGUUCCGCGUCCGGUCGCUGUGGACCAUCAUUCUCGUUCUUGUCUUCUUUAUCAUCCUCUCCGCAGGGCACGCGUACAGCGCGUGCUUGGUUCUUGCCUUGGUGGCCUCGAUGUAUCGCGAAAUUAUCGCAGUGAAGCAGAAGCGCGAGGAGGUGCGCCUUCCGGACUUUUACUUGCUCAAGUGGUACUGGUUCGUCAUCACCAUCUUGGGGAUCGGCUUUCCCGCGAUCGUCCGCAUGCCCUGGCGGCCGUGGGAGGCUGUUUCGCCGCUGGAGAGUUGGAGCGACGAGGCGGUCGCGGCCCCGGGGCCAGCUCGCUCGGCGGUGGACUCUUUUGGCGAGGCCGCGCCCGCGCAGUCGGUAGUCCCGCUGUUUCCUGCGAUCCGCCGCUCCUUGGAGCGCCUGCUGGUGUUUCACAGCAUCGUGACGUACAGCGCAGGAUUCGUGGGUCUCGUCUGGUUCAUUCUUUCUCUUCGGAAAGGAUCGAUGCGGUACCAGUUUUCCCAAUUGGGCGUGAUGCUGGUCGCCCUGAUGUUCAUUGUGGGUCAGUCACUCAUGCAGAUCGCCAACAUUUACUCGGGUCUCGUUUGGUUCAUUCUGCCGACGUCGCUGGUGAUCGUAAACGACGUGUCGGCGUACGUCUGCGGCAUGCUUUUUGGCCGCACACGCCUCAUCCGCUUGUCGCCGAAGAAGACAGUCGAAGGCUUUGUCGGCGCCUCCUUCAUCACGCUCCUCUGGGCCGUCCUGACCUCCAAGCAGCUGCAGCAUUACAAAGUUUUUGUCUGCGCCCCGCGCAUGAUCGACUUCCGACCCUUCUCCAUGUGGAGAGACCUCGACUGCGCAGUUCCCGACGAGUUCCACCCGCGGUGUUACGACGAGGACAUCGAAGCCUUCCUCGGCCUCAAGGGCUGGAUCACGGCUCCGCCUCUCGAGGCGCCGACGUUGGAGGACGCGGCCGCAGGUCCUGGGGCAGAUGCGGUCGCUGGCCUCGCAGAUGAGCAGAGAGGCGCAGCCGAGCCGCGCAACGACGCCGAGGGCGGCUAUGGCGACCACCGCAGCCGCCAGGGAGAGCGCGACGCGGGACGCGUACAGGCCGGGGGAGCAGGGAGAGGCGACAGCCUGCUCGCUGCGAUUGAAGAGGAGGCCACGCCUGAGAACGGCGAUUUCGUGAGUAUUCGACGUGAGCAACAGGCAGUUACGAGCCCAGCCGGUGAGUCGGCGCCCCAGGACGGUCGGCUCGUGGGUCGUCCGCGCACCGCCGCGGGGGCCGGCGCCUUGUCUCUCUUGGCCCCAUCGUCCUGUCGAUUUUUCUUUUCCCCCUUUCAGUUCCACAGCCUUAUUUUGGGGGUGUUUGCGGGUUUCUUCGCGCCCUUUGGCGGCUUCUUUGCGAGUGGGUUCAAACGCGCCGCACGCAUCAAGGAUUUCGGAGAAAUCAUCCCGGGCCACGGCGGGGUGACGGAUCGCUUUGACUGCCAGAUUCUCACAGGCAUGUUCACGCAUUUGUACUACACCAGUUUUGUCUACAAUGGAGAGGCGAAAAAACGCGACGAGCGUCGGUCGGCGCUUCCGCACAGCCAGUCGCGGAGCGAAUCCCGGCCGCGGCGUGGCGAAUCGACGCGCGAGGCUGCUGAAGGGCAGAGGCGCGAGGAUGCCGAGUGCUUUGACAGGAAGGCAGGACGUUCCUCCGCGGCUUCGGAGGCACGAACCGAAGCAAAGGGCGUCCCUCCUCAGCUUGUCCACGAAAAAACGUGUGUAGAACCGAGUGGAGGCGCACGGGCCGCCGGAGAUGCCGGCGAAGCUGCUGACAGUACAUGGAUAGACGGCGGGAUCAAGGCGGCCACGUUGGAGCGAGAGAUCCGCAGCCGCCGGUCUGGGACUUCAUCUGCGUCCUCUGCUGAUGGCAGAGACUGGGAAGAAGAGGUUCUCGCCGCUGUCGCCUCUAUGGAGGAUGAGGAGGAACUCGAGCGUCUCAAGGCCCGCGUGGUCGCGAGGCUUGCUGAUUUGAAGGGGAAAAAGAGAAGGAAGCUGGCGCAGAGCCGUGCGGAGUCGACAGACGCCAGACGCGCAUGA